UGGACAAUGAGCGUUCGAAUGACUGCACAUCUGAGCAUAUAUAAAGUUGAGAGGAACCCUGCCGGGCUGACGGCACAGUACCAGUGGCAUCAUGGCCUGACUAACAAAGUGUCAGCUGCAGCAACGGAGCUCCGGCUGGGACUCAUCGAAGCCUGUCCAGUUUGUGUCCAGUACCAGAGAUACCGAGACGGAAUGGGGCUAUGACAGG